AUGUCUGACCUCAAGGCAUCUGUUGCCGAAACCAAGGUCGGCUUCCACGUCGAGGGGUAUGAGAAGAUCGAAUAUGACUUCACCUUCAUUGAUGGAGUGUUCGACACCGGCAACAAAAACCUCUCUGAUUGUUAUCAGCAAUGGGGACGGUGUCUAGCAGUCAUGGACUCUAAUAUCUUCGACGUCUAUGGCGAGCAGAUGCAGAGAUACUUCGAUCAUUACAAGAUCGACCUGGACAUCCACAAGACCAUGAUUGGAGAGAAGGCCAAAUCCAUUGACACUUUCUUGAGUAUUGUCGAUUCCAUGAACAAGUUCGGUGUCUUCAGAAAGGAACCUGUACUCGUCAUUGGCGGUGGAUUGGUUACUGAUGUUGCUGGUUUUGCUUGCGCUGCUUACCGCAGAAACACCAAUUAUAUUCGUAUCCCGACCACUGUCAUUGGUCUGAUCGAUGCGUCAGUCUCAAUCAAGGUCGCGGUCAAUUAUGGCAACUACAAGAACAGGCUGGGAGCCUACCAUGCUCCUAUGCAUACAUUCCUGGACUUUGGCUUCCUUCGCACCUUGCCAGAAGCGCAAAUCCGGAAUGGCUUUGCCGAGCUCAUCAAGAUCUCCACAUGUGCUCACCUCCCGACCUUUGACCUGCUAGACAAAUAUUGUGAACAGCUCAUCGGGACUGGGUUCGGACGCACCGAUGGUGCUCCUGAAGAAGUACGAAAGGCUGCGGAUACCAUCAACCGUGCCGGCAUCCACGAGAUGUUGAAGCUCGAAACGCCAAACUUGCACGAAAUCGGGCUUGAUCGUGUCAUUGCCUACGGUCACAAAUGGUCACCUCUUCAUGAGCUGGUGCCAGAAGUUCCGCUUCGACACGGUCAUGCAAUCUCAAUUGAUAUGGCAUACUCUGCAACCUUGGCCAAUAUGCGCGGGCUGCUCAGUGAUGAGGAUCACAGCCGACUUCUGUCCCUAUUCUCCCGGGCAGGUCUAUCCAUGGAUCAUCACCAAUUCGACGAGGAGAUUCUGGACAAGGGCACCAAGGCUAUUCUCAGAACGCGAGAUGGUCUGCUUCGUGCCGCUGUUCCUAGUCCCCUUGGGAGGUGUGUUUUCCUGAACGACGUCUCAAUGGAAGAGAUGUAUGCUGCUUUGAAGAAGCACAAGUCUCUGAUGAAGAACUACCCAAGAAAUGGCGAAGGCAUUGAGGCUUUCGUCGACGCCAGUGACACUGGCUACACGGUCAACAACAAGCCUGUUGAAACUGGUGUCAUCUCUAACGGACUGAAAAAGCUUAAUGUCCUGAACGAUGAUACCCACAUCAACGGACACCAGAAUGCGGAUGGCAAGAUGACCAACGGUGUGUCCAAGGCUAUCAAGCAUGCAUCUGCCGAGGAGAAGCCUACUGAGCUUGUCAAUGGAGUGACAGACCAUGCUACGAUUGGUUUGGCCAAUGGGAGCGCACAUGGUAUGAAUGGUCAUACAAAUGGCCAUACGAAUGGUACGAACGGUACGAACGGUACUCACACGAACGGUACUCACACGAACGGUACUCACACGAACGGUAACCAUGUCAAUGGUGCUGGUGUUAACGGUGUUCGUGUCAAUGGGGUUCAUUAG